AGCCUCAAGCCUCUUGAUUGUUCAGAUGUUGAUUCAGUUUCAACUCAUUAAAUCAAUCAGUUAAUUAAUUCAUGUUGUUAAAUUGUUAUCUAGACUAACAGCUUACUAACUGUUAUCUAAUUGUGAUACGUUAUUUAAUUGAUUUGUUGUAAAACUGUUUCUCUGCUCUUUGGUGUUUCUGUGUUUGUGUCUUGUUCAUUUUCACUUGAGUUAUUUUAUUGGCUUCAUCUCUUUGGAUAGUUAAUGAUGGCAACUUUACGAGUGGAAAAGGAGAAACUAAAACUGGCCCAAGAAAAGUGUCAACAAAUUUUAAAUGAUCUUCUUAAGGAUGAAGAUAACAAAUAUUGUGUUGACUGUGAUGCUAAAGGUCCUCGAUGGGCUUCUUGGAAUUUAGGAAUAUUUUUAUGUAUUCGAUGUGCUGGUAUCCAUCGUAAUUUAGGUGUACACAUAUCUAAAGUAAAAUCAGUUAAUCUUGAUGCAUGGACACCUGAGCAAGUGGGUUACCUUCAACAAAUGGGUAACUCAAAGGCUCGAGCUGUUUAUGAAGCCAAUUUACCGGAUAAUUUUAGAAGACCACAAACUGAUUCAUCGCUUGAGGCAUUUGUCAGAGCUAAAUAUGAACAGAAGAAAUAUAUUGCCAAGGAAUGGGUUCCACUACCAGCUCCUCAGCCUGCUUUUGAUAUAGAAGAAGAACGUCGAAAAGAGAAGGAAAAAAAGAAAAUUCGACUUCCUAAAAUACAACCUAACGGGUCUCCGGUAGAUGUACAGACAACGCCCGUUCCAAGGCCACAAGCAACUUCAGCUUCAAGUGCGAUUAUUGCUGAGAAAAUUAUCUCUUCUGUUGACCAAUCAACAAAACCAUCGCCAUCAUCAUCGUCGAAACAUUCAGUUGAUCUUCUAGGACUUGAUGUUGCUAAUUCCAAUGGUGUAACUAAUCAAGUCUCGAAUUCAAGUUUAUCAAGUUUGAUUAAUCCCGUUGUAGAUGAUGAUCCAUUUGAAGCUUUUGUUUCUGCUCCUUUAGUAUCUAAUGAUAGUUUUAUUGGCAAUGCAAAUGCUAUUGGAACGGAAAAGGAAAUAAGUAACAACUCUAUUAGUAGUAAUAUUACCGAUGAGGAGAAAGAUUUUUUCAAUCAAAAGGCGCCAACAAAUCAGGAUAAAAAAUUGGAUAAAGAGACAAUCAUGAAACUUUAUGAAAGUUCUAACACUUACAUCAAUCCAAUUAAUCCAGUUAAUCAAACUAAUCCCGUUAAUCCUUUAAUUAACUCGCUUAAUCCUCUACAAGCAUCACCUUUGUUUAACCAAAGUAAUAAUAGUAAUAAUCUAUUUGGACAAAAUUUGCUCUCUCAACAACAACAACAACAACAACAGCCACAAAAUAACCUUUGGUCAUCUCUGAUGACCAAUCAACAAAUUCCAGUAACAUUACCAACUCAGAACUCAUUUUUCAUGUCACCAUCACCGAUUGGUGUCAACUUGAACACCAAUCAACCUUUCGGACAACCUCCAAUUCAACAGCCUCUAUUUUCAAAUCCAACGAACCCAUUCCUAACUGCGGCUCCUGUUAAUUCAACACCUGAUGAUUCAUUAUUCUCAAAUUUUCUCAAUACCCAGUGAUGAAUUUUGUUGAUGGCGAUGAAGUUGACGAGGAUAAACU